CAAGAAAGUGGCGGUACGAAACAAUUUCAGUAGUAUAUCUGCAAAGUCCGUAUCACUCGAUAAUGAGCAGUGCAGAUAUCCGGGACGUUUUUGAGCUUCCCCCACCAGGAGCAGGGACUAAACAGAAACCGAAAAGCCAUGGCGAAAGACGUCCAGAAGGAGUCUCUCGUGAACUUUUUUCGUUGCUUGGUGAAAAUUCUGCACCAUUAGCUAUUUAUCAAAAAAAAUUUAAAGAAAAGCCGAAGAGUAACCAGAAAGCAAAGAAUUGGGUCUGGCAUCCGUUCAAAAACCCAACUAGAGAAGAUGACCUUACAUUAUACCAUUGGGUUUUAAAGUCAGAAGCAGAAUCGGAAGCUCCUUAUAAAUUUGAAAAGUUUAAUACAACCCUUUUUAUUCAGGACUAUACGGAAGAGGAAUAUCGUGAAUUAUUGGAGGAUGAAGACUGGUCAAAGGAAGAAACGGAUUAUUUAUUUAAGCUGUGUAGAGAGUUUGAUCUUCGAUUUUUUGUGAUAGCUGAUCGUUAUCAAUGGCCAGCUAAAAAUCGUACAUUAGAAGAUCUUAAAGAUCGGUUUUACACUGUAUCUCGGAAGAUUCUGACAGCUCGAAAUCCCAUCAACAGCAUGACAGCCGCUCAGAGUUCUUUGCUUAAUAGCAUGGAGUAUAAUAAGGAGCAAGAAGUAAUUCGGAAAAAUUAUCUCGUUGGUUUGGCUUCGAGAACACCUGAAGAGGUGGCUGAGGAAGAGGCUUUGUUCAUAGAACUCAAGAGAAUUGAGUCUUUGCAAUCCAAGCUGUUGAGUGAUCGAGAGGAAGUGCUAAAAUUACUUGAUGAACAAAAGACAACUGAGGAUCUUCAAUCGUUCCACACCAGCGCAGGAGUAAGUGGGUUAAUUCAAGACAUGGUAAACGCUCGCCGGGUCACUAAAGCAGAAGAUGUUACAUCCACUUAUUCGGCUCCAUCUUCUGGUGUAAGUAGUUCUGUCAGCACGCCUGCCCGUCCACUUACGUUGAAUGCUCCCAAAGUCAGAUAUGGUCCAUCUCCAAACGAUGCAAAAUCAGGUAUUUCAUGGCAUGAGAAGUUACACAGUGGCUGCUUCGUUCGUUCGCAGAAGAUUCCUGCUGUCAAAGCUUCAUUAGUUCAGAAAGUUUAUGCUACGAUGAAUGAAUUAGGCGUGUCAUCACGCUUAAUUAUGCCGACUGCAAAAGUUUCUGAAAAAUACGUGGAAUUACAAAAUAAUAUAGUCAUUCUUCUUGAACUGAAAAGACAGCUUGAUCGCUUUUCUCAGGAAUCCGACAUUCAAGGCCGAUUGAAUGAUCCCAAAAAAAGAUCUGCCUCACCAGAUGCUAUCCAAGAUGGUCCAACCAAAAAACUUAAUACGGGAUUAGGUAAUACUUCUUGAAGGGAUGUGUACAUUAAUGACGUUUUGUAAUAAUGAUAAUCAGUACGACUUAGGAAAAUUGAGCUUAUAAGUAUAUUUAUUGUUUCCUAUAUAUCCGAAAAAUAAAAGGCAGCUUGUUUUUAUUCUUACUUUGGUUAGUGUGAAAGUAUUUAUUCUGUAGACUCAAUUUCGUUGUCAAGUUGAGAAGGAAGAUGGACAGCAAACAAAAGAUAACUAGUAUGGCUUUUUAAAUUUGAAUCAACACGUGCAACAUUGCUCCACUCGUAAUCCUCAUCACCUUCACGAAUACGUUUGUUGACCUUUUCUGUCAUAGCAGGGCUUUUGGAUGGUGUUUCACUAGGAGUAGAAGGUUGUGAAUCAGUAGGCUCAACACCAUUCUCAGCAGAUUCGGCAAGCUGUUUUUCUAAACGUUGCCUUUCUUUUCUGCGCUCAAAUCCUUCCGUUCGAUGACGCUUUACUUCCUUCAAUCUGUUGAUUGCAUCGUUGAUAUGUAUUACUCUAGUUUUCCUGGCAGCCCAUUGUUUGUAAGAGACCUCUAGCAUCUCGAUGUCACACCAACCAGAGUCUUGCAAAGCAGAUGCAGAACGCUGAAUUUGCUCCAUACAAGGAGAAAAGCAACAAAUGCGCGAACUACUAUUACGACUAACGUGUUUAAUUAAGUGAGGAAUUGCCUCCCAAGGAGCUGGAAGAUCCAAAAAGAUAGCAUCCACUUCUAGUGGUGAUUCCUUAAUUUCAAAACCAUCCUUACAAACGUCCCUGUGCAUAAGAUGAGUGUUUCCGUUUAUUCCUUCUAGCAUGUUGUGGUCGCGGAACUCUUGUAGAGCCGUCUGGUAUCUGGAAGCAUGGUAUUCAUAACUAUAAAGCUUUCCAGAUGGGCCAACGGUCCUUGAUAAUGCGUGGGACAUGCUUGCACUUCCAGUUCCGGCCUCAAUAACCCUUGUCCCAUGGACAAUGCGAAGCUUUUGGAAAAUAAUAGAUAUAUCAGGUGUAUAAACAAUCUGGGUACGAUGAGGUAGGGCUAAUGUCCAAAGUUCAGGAGUGGGCUGAAGAAGGUAAAUGAAUCCUUGUUUAGCAGUGGAGCUAAUUUGUUGCCCAUACCGUUUGCCAAUCAUUUCUGAAUGGGGGAAAGCACCAUAUUGAUUGUGGAAAGUUUGGUCAGCUUCAAUUUUCAGAGGAAUCAGUUUAUUCCUUCCAAUCCAAGCCACCACAAGAUCACCGUCCUCUACAAAUUCUUUAUACUUAGAGAAGACCAUAAUGAUAGUCAAGUAAUGCUGUAAACAGAAAAGGAGUGUUUGAAUAGGAGAACCUAGUUACCUUUUCAAGCUGAUAGCCCAAUAACAAAACAAAAAAUGAUAUUUGCCAAAAAAAAUGAAGGUUUAUAACCUAGCACCAAAUCCAACACUUGAAAUCUUGAUAUAUUGCAAUAUAUACGAAAGCCACAAGCUACUCACUUUUUAAGGCGUUAUCAAGACAAAUUAUAUACAAAUAGAAAAGAAAACAAAAGAGUUAUACCUUCUCGUUUGGCCUUAAAAAAGGCCUAAAUUCUAA